CUGUCCACAGUUGUCAAUCGCUUGGUUGCUUUACUUCAAUGUCGCGAGUGGAAUUACUAUCUUCAGGUGGUCUCCGAUUGGACAAUAGAAGACCAUACGAGUUACGGUCGAUCGAUUUCAACAUUUUACCGAAUCCACCCGUUGGAUGUGACUCAGUGGCAAGGGUCGAGCAUGGUCUUACGAAGCUGAUAGGGUUCGUUUCCGGACCUAGAGAUUCUGUCGAAUCCAACCGGACCGUCGCAACAACUCUCGGCAAUCCUACCUCAAAUUCAGCCUCAUCAAAUCUCAACAAUAACAAUAAUAAUCAGAAUGGAUCGAUCUCCGUUCACAUCUCAACAACACCCUUUAGCUCAAUCGAUCGGAAGAAAAUCGGAAGAUCGGAUAAAAAAUUCGCCGAUCUCGCUCAAGCUAUUCAAAAUACCUUCGAACCUGUUGUGAUGCUACAUCUUUACCCUAGAAGUACAAUCGAUAUCUAUGUUCAAGUUCUCCAACAGGAUGGAGCUCUCCUUCAGGCAGCAAUCAAUGUCACUACCCUAGCACUCAUUGGUGCCGGCGUAUCUAUUUCUGAUUACGUUCUUUCAGUGUCAGUUGGAGCACUAUCAACACCCUCGUGUCCUCUCUUGGAUCUCACAAAUAGCGAACAGACAGAUCUACCGAACCUCACGAUUGCUGUCCUGCCACGAACUCAGAAGCUCACCCUCCUCCAAUUAGAUACACGGAUCAACAUACUGACAUUCGAAUCCCUUCUGGAAAUCGGUCUGGAGGCUUGCCUGGUUCUUCAGCUCGAAAUGGAUCGAGAGGUUCGGCGAUGGGCCACUUUACUCAACUCUUCAAUUCAUAACUCCCUUGACUAUAAAUCUCACUCUGCCCAAGGUCCUGUUGCCGAUCAAAAUCCACAGAUCAUGAUGAUAGAUUGAAAUACAACGAAGAAGAAUCUAUCUGGAUAAACUGAUGGGGUGCUUGAAUCCCAUCCAAAUUAUGUUCCACUCAAACACAUUAAAAUUGGUUGAGUGUAACCCAGUUGAAGGGGUAUCCAACCCACCCACCCAAUUAUGAUGGCAGUGUACAAUUUUCCUAGUCUGUAAGGUAGAGAAGAAGACAUGAAAAAAUGAAUA